UUAUCCUCCGAAGGUACAUUGGCAACAAUCAACAGAUGGAAGGGCAGAGGGAGAGGGAGGAGGAGGAGGCGGGAGAGAAGGAGGUCUUUAUUACGGCACCGCACAAUACCCGCGCCCUGGGGGACUUUGGGCUCCAGAGUGCAAAGACAGGCAGCGAGAGCUGGGCCAAAGCACAAGGGAGAGAGCGAGAGCCGUUCAGGAACUUUGCCAAAGAGCUGCAAGAGCCCUCCAAACGACAGCAGCGUAGAGUUCUUCACAGUUUUUUAAGGAGGGGGGGAGGCUUGUUUGAGAGUGCAGAAUGUUCUGAUUUCAUUUGGCAGCGCCUAGGUUAGACAGCAUUGAGAGGCUAGUCUCUCUCGGGCAGGUGGCUUCUUCCUACCCACGUGCUCCAAACUUUACUCGAUGGGGUCUUCCCGGUGGAAGAGGCUCUGCCUUUUGGUCCUGUUAGGGUUAACAUUCUCUGUCGUCUUCUAUGGGCACUACUACACCACGACGAAUUCUCCCACCAGUCCCAGGAGUGCAUCCAGACUGCUGCAACAGGAGACAUUAGGGCUAGUGCAAGAAGAAAUUCCCCGAGAUGUCAGCAACCAUGGUCUGAUCAAAGAAAGCAUCAUAAAGAGGGGAAUCCCAGCCAAAGAUUCAAUUGAGAGAGAAACUCUUAAUCAUCCCAAGGAGAAGGAUUUACUCACUCCCAGCCUAUCUCAGUCCAGUUUAUGCCCCCGGUCAUUAAAGUCCAAGAUAAAGAUGGACCCAACAUUUGGGAAGCAAUUUGAUUUUGAGAUUCCAGUCCUGAUGGGGGAGCAGCACUUCACCCCGGAGACUUGGGACAGGCUGAAAGAACGCAACGUCCCCUAUGGCUGGCGUGGCUUGUCAUAUGCAGCCAUCGCGUCCACAGUGCAACUCCUCAAUGACUCUGCCAAUAAUAGGCUCUUCAGCAAGACCAGGCUGCCCAAUGGAUGCAUCCGCUGUGCUGUGGUUGGGAAUGGUGGAAUUCUGAAUGGAUCUCGUCAAGGCAAGGAGAUAGAUGCUCAUGACUUUGUCUUCAGACUCAAUGGGGCAGUGACCAAAGGCUUUGAGAGAGAUGUUGGGACUAAGACCUCCUUCUAUGGUUUCACAGUAAACACUAUGAAAAAUUCCCUCACUGCAUAUGCAGAAUAUGGCUUCACACAGGUACCACAGGGCAAGAACAUAUGCUAUAUUUUCAUUCCCUCGGAUAUACGAGAUUACAUCAUGCUCAGAUCGGCCAUGCUGGGCAUCCCGGUCCCAGAGGGCUAUGACAAGGGUGAUGACCCACAGCAAUAUUUUGGAUCUGAGGCAUCUGCAGGAAAGUUCAAGUUGCUUCACCCUGAAUUUAUGUAUUACCUAACACAGAGGUUCUUAAGAUCAGAAAUAAUGAACAGUCAGUUUGGACAUCUUUACAUGCCCAGCACUGGAGCCCUUAUGCUUCUAACAGCUCUACAUACUUGUGAUCAGGUCAGCGCUUAUGGAUUCAUUACAGAGAACUACAGGAUAUUUUCAGAUCAUUACUAUGAGCUCGAGAAGAAGCCCUUGGUGUUCUAUGCCAACCAUGAUAUGCUGUUGGAAGCCGAGCUGUGGAAGAGCCUGCACCGCAUUGGCAUCAUGAAGCUGUAUCAGCGAUGAAGGUAGCUGAGUGCAUGGCCACGAAAAGGGAGCGAGCGGCUCCCCUUGAUUCCCUGUGUGUGGAUCCAACGGAGUCCUUCUUUUGCCUUUUAUUUAGGUCAGCCCUGAAACUGAAAAGUGGCAGGUUCCAAACAUUCCAAAGGAAGUACUGCAGCAGGCAGUUAACUUGUGGAAAUCAUGCCCAUGGGAUUUGGCAAAAAGCAAUUGCAUUAUACAAAUCCAUGCUAGAAGAAAGGCCCAGCUGUUGUCCAGUGCAGUCAGGAGCUACAACAGCACAGUGACGAUAUUGCUGAAUUGCUGAUUUCAAGAAGCUAGGACUGGGUGGCAGCCAUCUAUCACUACACUACUUCUCCUAUCCUGUCAGUGAUGCUGUCGGUCAGGCAUUCUGUUGUGGCUUUACUUGGAGGCAAGAAGGCUUGGUCUUCUUGGAGCACUGGCUUCAUCUAAUAUGGCUAUUUUUGGAGUCACUCCGCUGUUCUCUUCCUUGUAGGAGAUCCCCAACAAAAUUCAUUGUAAAAUGGGGCAAAGAGGCUGGAGCACAUUGGAUUUGACACAGCUGGCCAGGGCCACACCUGCAGUGGCAGUCAGAAAACUUUGCUCGCGGGUGGCAGUAACAGAGUGAAUAAUCUGCUGCACAAUGAAGCCCACGGCACUUGGAACAGCUCUCCUAUUCUGAAUAACUGCAUGGCAGGCAUCCAGCUAAUAUGGCGUUACUGGCCCAUAUCAAUGAUACUGUGAAAUAGGAACCAACAAGGCGAUCGUUUAGAAAGCAAGAGUUAUUCUUGGCAAGAUCUUCCAACUUUCACAAAGGGUGUAGCGAUCUCAUUGCAGUGUUCAAACUGCUGGCUUCAUAUGAGCGCUGGGCUCAUACUCGUCUCUCUCUCUCUAGUAUCUUGUUUUAUGAGAAUCUCUUUGUCCUCAACAGCACUGCAUAAUUCCCUUUUCCCUACAAGCCUGCUUCCAAAUUUCUUCCUUCACCCUUGCUGUUAUAUAGUUAUCUGGAUGGAUCAUGAGAAAAUGUCUCCUUUGCUGGUUGAGGGGAUGGGAUGAACAACCAGUGGUCAAUGUCUCCCAAUGUCACCAUCCAAUUGAACAGCCAGCCAGCCUUCCCAUUGCAGGAAGAGAUCCAUUGUGGUCCAACUGAAGCUCAUCUACCCACACUCCAGAGCUCCAUCUCUUGUCUCUCUUUCAAGUGGAGCUGACUUGCUUGGGUUGGAACCACCACUUCCUUGAUAAGCAGGGAAAUUACAGCAUCGAUACUGGAUACUCCUUCCACAGCUGCUAGAGUAGCUGCUGGGGUGCUGCUGCAAGGCUGUGGGUUGUAUCCAGUGCCAAUCCUACUCAGAGUAGACCAACUGAAAUUAAUAGACUACUCUAAGUAGGACUAGUGUUGGAUACAGCUCAAAGUGUCUACUCUCCAAUUUUAUUUUAAUUUUUAUACAAAAAAUCUGUGCCAAGAAAAGUUGAAUUCAGUACAUUUGCAAAUGUUGCUGUAAACUGGGUUUCUUUCAAGGGAAAACUCAGGGACUCAUAGCAAACACAAAGGCAACACUUCACACAAAAUAUCUAACAGACUAGUGAUUACUUAUUAAUAUAUCAGUGAAUUUAAAUGUAAAAUAAAUACAAAGAUAUGCACAUAUGAUAACAGAGGGAAAAUGUUCCUCUUAAUAAAGCCACUUUCCAUAGAAA